AUGGAGGAUAAUAUUCCUGGACUGCAAACCCCAGUUUGCUUGUCUGAAAGGAAGUUAUUGGACAACGCAGACUUUAUUGGAGUAGAAUACCCUUCCAUGUACAUGUUCAAGUCAAAACGGGGGCUGAAGCGAGAUGAUAGUAAGGAAGCCUACAAACUGCCACAUAGGUUGAUAGAAAAGAAGAGACGGGAUAGGAUUAAUGAAUGUAUUUCACAGCUUAAAGAUUUGUUACCAGAGCAUCUGAAACUGACGACACUGGGACAUCUGGAGAAAGCGGUGGUGCUGGAAUUAACUUUGAAACACUUAAAGGCAUUAUCUGCCUUAACCGAACAGCAACAUCAGAAGAUAAUUGCUUUGCAAAGCGGGGACGGUUCACUGAAAUCUCCUCUGCAGUCUGACCUGGAUGCUUUCCAUUCGGGCUUUCACACUUGUGCCAGGGAAGUACUGCAAUACUUGAGCCGCUUUGAACACUGGACUCCCAGAGAACAGCGCUGCGCCCAGCUCAUCAAUCAUCUGCAGAGUGUUUCCACCCAGCUAUUGCCGCAGACUCCCUCCGCCACCACCAUCAACAACAACAACAGCAGCAGCAACAACAACAAAGCUUCUGUGUCCGAGAGAAGACCUGGCCCUGCGAAAGCAGAGACUCACAGCAACAGUGGGAACUGCGUACCUGUCAUCCAGAGAACGCACACUGCAGAGUUAAACGAAAACGACACAGACACUGACAGCGGUUACGGCGGGGAAGGCGACAGGGAUAAAUGCGAGGGGAGGAACGAGAAGGAAUUCAGCCGCGGGCAAAGGGCUUUCCCCACUCUAUGCACGAGCCACGAGCUGCCCAGCCGGGAUCUGCACAUCAAACAGGAACCCGACAGUCCACCGACCAAGAGGGUGAAGGCUGAUGGUGCUGCGGCUGGUGGUGGUGGUGGAAUGACUAACCCAGACGUCAGGCAGGAGGACUCUGCUCUUAACUCUCUGAUGGGAAUUGGCAGCGUGUCUGCUCUUGCCCAGCAAACUCCUUUCUGUCUCCCCUUCUACUUCCUCUCCCCUUCGGCUGCAGCCUCUUACCUGCCGUUGCUGGACAAGAACAGCCUGGAGAAGUUCUGGUGCCCGGCCCCCAUCCCCGUCAUCUACCCCGGCAUUCGCGGCCUGCGUGGCAUUCCCGCUCUGGCGCACGAGAAGCUUGGGGGUCCCUUCCCGCUGCUGUCCCAGAGGGUCUUGUCCCCGGCGUUGGGCACAGCGACAGCCAGGGCGGACUCAACUCAGCAACAGCUCGAGUCGGAGAGAGUUUCGAGCCCGGCUCGGGAACCACCACAGACGGGAAACGAUCCGUCCUAAAGCCAUUGUCCAACUAGACUUUGCUCUCUCAAAAAAAACAUGGAACCCUGGCCGUAGAGACAUUAAUCGGGUCACUUUUCUGGGCGUAAUAAUCCCUUCAAAAAAAUAAUAAUAUUAAUAAUUUGCU